GGGAGUUUUUCCCAGCAUGCAGCGGGGCCCGCCAGUAUUUGAUCCUGCAACAAGAAGAAGAGCUGAGUUCAUAUUAACAACAUGUCAGCGUGUUUGUUUUAAAGCUGAUAAACUACGAGUUUUAUUGGUUUUUACUGAGGGCGUCGUGUAUGUAAAUCCUCUCCAGUUGUGAGGAUGAGCAGCCCAGGGCCGAGCAGUGGGACAAACAAAGCAGCUGAACUCUUUGAGGACUUGUGGAGGCGACUUGGAGAGUGUCACCAGGAUGCACUUCAAGAACUGGGGGAAAAAGUGGUCAAGCUGAAGAAGGACCGCUGUUUAGAUGCUCAGAGGCUUGAGGUGUUUUACAGUCGCAACCAGCAGCUGAAGGAGCAGAACACAAGCCUGCAGGAUGCCAUCAGCCUCCUGGAGGAAAGGCUCCGAGCAGGAGAAUGUGAUCGAUGUGCCGUGUUAGAGGAGAACCUGAAAAACGACCAGGAACAGAAUCUGCGUCUCAUCGCUGAGCUGAAGAAUGAAAGAAACGGCCUGAAGGAUGAGAACAGAAGACUGCAAGCUGAAGUGCAGAACUUAAAGAUGGCUUGCUCAGAGCUCCAACUGGCCUCAACCCCAGAACAGGAGGAAGGCAUCAUCCCAGACUCACCAGUAAUGGCGAGCUCGCUUCCCGUGGCGAACAGACUGAAGAAACGUAAAAAUAUGGACAAAAGCCGGCGCCUUCAAUACACAGAGCAGCCUCUAACGCAGAUCAACAACUCGCUCUUCAGUGAGCUGAAUAAGAAGCCUGUUGAUGCCGCAAAGAAUCCUGGAAGAGCAGAAGUGCUUGUACCCGAAACAUGUGUCCUGGACUCUUCCCAGAUCUCAAACGAUGUGAUUCCUGAUAGAGACGAGGUGGUCGCAGAAACAUGCGGCUUCGAUCUUCUUGUCAAGCAUCACAUGAAAAGUGAAGUGGUUGCAGCGCAGCCGAGAAGCUUGAAGCCUCCCUGGAAAAACAACGUUUCUUUAAAACCCUGUGGCUCCUCCUCCUCCACACUGAUCCACAGUCCAGACUCCACUUCGGAAAGGUCCCUGUCUCUUCUCCCCCGAGUCAAGAGGUUAUCAGUGGACAGCUCCAUUCAAAAAGCUAAAAGGAAGAAGGAGGAAAUUCAGAGGCAAGAGGACACGAAACAUGGGAUCCAGGAGCGGGUGGGCGCACAGAAGGAAGGCAACCACAUAGAGGCCGAAGUGACCGAGCGCACCUCCACACCAAAUCAAAGUCUCGUGAAGCAGCCACCGGACAGCAAGGAUAAAGGGAGACAGGUUCAUUCAGGACAAAAGGAGCCCAAUGUUUUUCAUGCAAGUCCAGUUUUCAAGAAACCAGACGAGAGGUGUAAAGGAUCGGGGGACGGGGUUGGGAGGAGAAGAAACGCAUCACAUGACCAACAUGAAGCAGACAAUGGACUGGGCGGAAAGGCGAAUGACAGUUUGGACAUGAUGUUUGACACUUCGGCUAAUGGGGAAUACAAGUCUUUCACCUGUUCACACGCAGGCCAAAGCCAGCACUGUGGUGGUGGGGAUGAUGAUGAUGAUGAAGAAGAGGAGGAGGAAGAAGAUGAAAAGGACAAUGAACGAGAUGCUCCUGACAACUCUCCAGGUCAAAGCAAGUCACGACAACCAACAUUUGCUCAUGUGGUGGUAGUUCGCAAGAAAGACGAGAGAAGAAAACUGAAGGGCACUACCUGCAAGGAAUGUGAAAUUUAUUAUGCUCAUCUCCCAGAGGAGGAAAAGCAGAAGAAGUUGUCAGCCUGCUCGAGGCACCGUUUUCUUUACAUUCCUCCGUCUACGCCGGAAAACUUCUGGGAAGUUGGAUUCCCAUCCACACAAACAUGCAUUGAUAGAGGUUACAUCAAUGAGGAGAAGAAACCUCAGGUUCGCUCACGGAGAAGAACACCCUUAAAUGCUUGUUUCUCCCCAAAGCAAAAGAGCUGAAGAAGUUUGACUUCAGUUACAGCAAGUAAAUAACAUGAGAGAAGAAGUUUAUAACUGUAUUUAAACUUCACUGAGGACAGUGAAGCCGUCACCUGACUGUACAGACUGUAGAUACUAUGUGUGCUUGUGAUGUGAUAAGAUAAAUAAAAGUUACUAUAUGCCUUAA